UUACUAGCUUCGGCUUCCCCUGUUCCAAUCCCUCUCUCUCUCUCUCUCUCUCUGCUGUUAAUGAAUAGCCACAUCCAUCCCCGUGACUUCCUUCCUUCCUUUCAUUGCCACUUGCUACUCCCAUUGUUGAUUAUUAAAAACCCUCUCAUGAUCCUCCUCUCUGAUCCAUAUAUCAUCAUCGUCACACUUCCAUCACCAAAGCAAACCCACCCCCACGAUUGCAUUUUUUUUGCUCUGUUUUUUGCAGCUUACCUAUCCUUUCUCUCCAAUUCCCAACCUAACUCCCUCUUUCCCUCAUCAUCAUUCAUCACCAUAGCUUUCCCUCUCUCUCUCUCUCUCUCUCUCUCUCUCUCUCUCUCUCCGGAGUAAAUAGCAUUUGCUGAGCAGAGCAGAGUCGUACCACUCCUCACUUAUUAAAUCCUUUCACUUCUUUAUAAUCAACAUCCCAUCUUUGCUGAAGCAACCCAGAAGAAGGAAAAAAAAAUUACACACAGAAAGAUGCAACAAGCAAGUUCAGAAUUCUUUCUCCGGCAGCUGAGCGUUGGUAAUAAUGGGACGGAAGCUUGGGGAAACUACAAUGACUACAGCUCCAACUACGACUACAACUACAACAACAGCAGCGACUACUACUCUUGUUCCUACACUACCCCUGCUUCAGCUACCACCCAAAUGGAAGACGAGCUGACCGGCCGGCUGCAGAGUCACUACUCCGACGGCGGCGGAAGCAACGGGCUGGUGAUGAGGAAGAGAGUGAUGGUGGUGGUGGAUCAGAGCUCGCAUUCGAAGCACGCAAUGAUAUGGGCGCUGACUCAUGUAGUGAACAAAGCUGAUUUGCUCACUCUGCUUCACAUUGUCCCUCCUCCUUCUCAUGGCGCCCAGACUUCACAUUCAUCCCCUUUCCUCGCCAAUUCCCUCGGUGCUCUCUGCAAAGCCUGCAAACCUGAGGUGGAAGUGGAAGCAUUGGUGGUGCAAGGUCCCAAGUUUGCCACAGUGAUGAGCCAGGUGAAGAAGCUAGAUGUGGCUGUGCUUGUUCUUGGUCAGAAGAAACCCUCUUCUCUCAUCAGCUGUCUGUGUGGAAGCAGCAAGAGUGAAGAGUUUGUGGAGAAGUGCAUCAACAGUUUGGAGUGCAUGACUGUAGGAGUGAGGAAGCAGAGCUAUGGCAGGAGUGGGUAUCUCAUCAGCACCAAGUGGCAAAAGAACUUCUGGCUCUUGGCCUAAGAAACCAUUAGUAUAAUAAUUUUGUUUCCAUCAACCACAUCUAAUCCAACCUUGCAAAUCUUAAUCACCAUCACCACCACCCAUUCUCCUUAUUAUUACAUAUUCAAUGUCCCCUUCCAGAUCUUAUAUUAUUCCCCCUGCCUGAAACCCCACCUGUAUCUACAAGUCACUACUAACUAGAUCUCUCCUUCCAUCUUUGUCCUUUAAUCAGAUUCAAGAUGUCUUAGAAAAGACAGCAUGGGUGUGUAAUAUUCUUAUUACUAUAAUUGAUGGAAUCUUUUCAUCGAUUGUCUUUGUCUCACAUGGGUAAAUACCUUGUUUAUCACUAAUUGUGGUAGUUAUGCGUC